AUGAAAUUAAUAAUUACACUUUUAAUAUUUGCAACUUUAUUAUAUACAAUUAAUGCAUCUAAUAAUGGAUUCAAUUCAUUUACAAUCAAAGGAAAUGCAGAAAAUUGUAAUUUAAUUAUUGGUACAAAUAAUAAAUGUGUUAGUGCAUGUGGUAAAUCAAUUACAAUAACAAAAAAAUUCAUGUCUUCAAAUGACCAAGUAUACACAUUCCAAUCGUAUAUAGACCAAGAUAGUUGUAAAAAAAAUGCUCUUCCCACAAAUACCGAUUUCGAAUGUGGUGAUAAAAUAGUAUCAAUUGAUGAUAUUACAAUUCAAUGCAUAGUCUCAUCACCAGAAGAAAUCAAAGCUAGAGAUACCCAAAGUAACAAUCAAAUUAAUAGUCAACAAAGCCAACAAAAUCAACAAAAUCAACAAAAUAAUCAUGAAGGAAACUCAUCCUCAACACUAAUCUAUUCUGUAACACUAAUUGCUUCAUCCUUAUUUGCAUUAUUAAUUAUUUAA